GUACUCCGGGCGUCGGGAAAACCACGCUCGGGAAAGAACUUGCGUCAAGAGCUGGGAUGACCUACAUUAAUGUGGGUGACAUGGCAAAAGAAGGAGAACUGUAUGAAGGUUUUGAUGAGGAAUAUGAUUGUCCAAUUUUGGAUGAAGACCGGGUAAUUGAUGAACUAGAAGAUAAAAUGAGCGAAGGUGGAGUUAUUAUCGAUUAUCAUGGCUGUGAUUUUUUUCCUGAACGGUGGUUUCAUAUGGUAUUUGUACUUCGUACAGAAAAUUCAUUUCUGUAUGACAGACUUGAAAGCAGGGGCUACAAAGGGAAAAAGCUGCAAGACAACAUUCAGUGUGAAAUUUUUCAGACGCUUUAUGAGGAAGCUAUGUUGUCAUAUAGAGAGGAAAUUGUACACCAGCUACCCAGCAACACUCCAGAAGACCUAGAGAGAAAUUUGGAUCAGAUUAUGCAAUGGAUUGAGCAAUGGAUGAAGGACAACAACUGA